AUGAGCGGGCGGUGCAGCGUAUGUGCGUGCGGUGCAGCGUAUGAGCGUGCGGUGCGGCGUAUGAGCGUGUGGGCGAGGGUGGUGGUGCUGCGGCUGCCAUACGCGUUGGUGUUUGAAGACGAUGCAAGGAACGAGGUGGACUCGAAUGCAGCGUGGAAGCAGAGGAUGGAAGGGCUACUCCGCCAGCUCAACCUCCUAAUAAUUCAGAACGGCAACCGCUUCUUCUUUGACGUGCUGCUGCUGGCUCGCUCCGCCCUCGCGCCCUACUCGGAGCAGCAGCUCACAGCCAACAUUCUCAAGGCGCAGCCCAGCAUGGGGUCCCACGCCUACCUCAUUACCUAUGCGGGCGCCAAGAGAAUGCUGUCGCAGAUGCGGCUAAAAGUGCCGAUAUCAGAGGCACUUUUCACCGUCCCACAUGCACACAUCCUAGCAGCAGACCCGCCUCUCUUCAACUCCUUUGUCCUCCCUGCAUCGCCGAAAUCAGAAGCCUUUUUCACCGUCCCACACGCACACAUCCUAGCAGCAGACCCGCCUCUCUUCAACUCCCAGAUGUUCAUGUGCCGCCCCAAGCCCUUUGUCCUCCUUGCAUCCUACUUGCUCCUCCAUCCGCCCCCCAACCUCUCAUGGCCGAUAUCAGAGGCGUUUUUCACCGUCCCGCACGCGCACAUCCUAGCAGCAGACCCGCCUCUCUUCAACUCCCAGAUGUUCAUGUGCCGCCCCAAGCCCUGCCGCGCCCCGCCCCUCGACCUCCACUCCUCCUCCCGCCUCUCCUCCGCCUGCCGGGAAACCCUCUUCCUCAGCUUUCCUGGGCACCCCCGAAUCCGGGGGAAUAUUGUGAAGAAGGAUUGGGUGAGACAGGCAUCAAUGGAAUCAGGAGCUAGGGCGACCAUUGCCGUGGAUGCUGAUUGUGGGACACCUGCGCAGUGCCUGAUUCGGUCUCACCAGGAGAUUCUCCAGGUGCCAGGGUCCGGUGCCCAGGUGAAUCUCCAGGUGAAUCCUCAGGUGAAUUUCCAGGUCCCAGGGAUGAGGCCACCUGCAGCGGUGCGCUUGGUGAUGAGAUCCAUGCCGCCCAAGCUAGCCAUGUGGCCGACAUUCGUGAUCGGAUUGGCCGAAGACGCCGACCGGUUCGUCUCAUUAGAGCCCGUGCUGCAGCAGCAGGGAUUCGGAGAGAUCGUAAAAGCAAACGGCAUUUCAGUCUCUAAUACAGACUACCAAGUGGUGACUCACCUGGUGGACAAGGAGCAUCGGGCGCGCACCCGAACCACGCCUUGGUGGCAGGAGAAGCAGGCCCGGCCGACCCUGAGCAAGGGCGAGGUCGGGUGUGCGCUCUCCCACUACUUCGUCUGGCUGGAGGUCGUGCGAAGGCAGCUCCCAUACGCCAUCGUAUUCGAAGACGAUGUGCGGUUCUUAACGCAUUCCUUCCGAGAGGUGUUUGAGCCAGACGUGGCGGAGGCGAAUGAGGUGAUCACACGGGAGAUCAACCCGUUCCGGCCGGACAUAGUUUUCCUCGGGAAAUCCGGCAUCAUGACUUCGUUCUACUACCCGAAGCUGUCGCAACACGUGGUGGUUUCCCCGCUCGUCUGGUGCUCGUUCGCGUAUAUAGUGUCGCUGGAGGGCGCUCAGAAGCUGGUGGAGAGGUUUUUUGUGAACGAUCCGGUGGACUCGUACUGGUGGCAGGUGCCUGAGAUGCAGUUCUGGGCGUUUGAACCGUCGCUGGCGGAUCAUCUGACUGUGAAGAGGAAGCGGCGAGGCAAGGGCGUGCAGUUUGUGAGCAGAGUGCAGGGGACUGACAGCGAGUGGUAG